CCGCUAGAGCGACAUGAUGGUGGAAUCCGCCUCGGAGACAAUCAGGUCAGCUCCGUCUGGUCAGAACGGCGUGGGCAGCAUCUCCGGGCAGGCCGAUGGCGCCGGUGGUGGCGGGGCCGGGGCUGCGGGCACCGGAGGAGGUGGCGCGGGCAGGGACGUGGCCACCGGCACGGACAGCAACGGUGAGAUGAGCCCCGCAGAGCUGCUGCACUUCCAGCAGCAACAGGCCCUCCAGGUGGCCCGGCAGUUCCUGCUGCAGCAGGCUUCCAGCCUGAGCUCCCCCGGCAGCAAUGACAGCAAGCAGUCGGCCUCUGCGGUGCAGGUGCCCGUGUCGGUGGCCAUGAUGUCGCCGCAGAUGCUUACCCCCCAACAGAUGCAGCAGAUCCUGUCACCCCCACAGCUGCAGGCCUUGCUCCAGCAGCAGCAAGCCCUCAUGCUCCAGCAGCUGCAGGAAUAUUACAAGAAGCAGCAAGAGCAGCUCCACUUACAGCUCCUCACCCAACAGCAGGCUGGGAAGCAGCAACCCAAAGAGGCACUGGGGAACAAGCAGCUGGCCUUCCAGCAGCAGCUCCUGCAAAUGCAACAGUUGCAGCAGCAGCACCUGCUCAACCUGCAGAGACAGGGGCUGGUCAGCCUGCAGCCCAGCCAAGCCUCAGGGCCCCUCCAGACCCUCCCGCAAGCAGCCGUGUGCCCGACGGACUUGCCCCAGCUGUGGAAGGGCGAGGGUGCCCCUGGGCAGCCCGCCGAGGACAGCGUCAAGCAGGAGGGGCUGGACCUCACCGGCUCAGCCACCACCGCUACCUCGUUUGCCGCCCCCCCCAAAGUCUCACCCCCCCUCUCCCACCAUGCCCUGCCCAACGGACAACCCACUGUGCUCACACCUCGUCGAGACAGCUCCUCCCAUGAGGAGACGCCAGCCUCCCACCCCCUGUACGGACAUGGAGAGUGUAAGUGGCCUGGCUGUGAGACCCUGUGUGAAGACCUCGGCCAGUUUAUCAAACACCUCAACACGGAGCACGCGCUGGACGACCGGAGCACAGCCCAGUGCCGAGUGCAGAUGCAGGUGGUGCAGCAACUGGAGAUCCAGCUCGCCAAGGAGAGUGAGAGGCUGCAGGCCAUGAUGGCCCAUCUGCACAUGCGGCCCUCCGAGCCCAAACCCUUCAGCCAGCCACUGAACCCGGUCCCUGGCUCCUCCUCAUUCUCCAAGGUGACCGUCUCUGCAGCAGACUCGUUCCCAGAUGGUCUCGUGCACCCCCCCACCUCGGCUGCUGCCCCUGUCACUCCCCUGCGGCCCCCUGGCCUCAGCUCUGCCUCCUUGCACAGCGGGGGCCCCACCCGGCGGAGAAGCAGUGACAAGUUCUGCUCCCCCAUCUCCUCAGAGCUGGCCCAGAAUCACGAGUUCUACAAGAACGCCGACGUCAGGCCCCCCUUCACCUACGCCUCCCUCAUCCGCCAGGCCAUUCUGGAAACCCCCGACAGGCAGCUGACCCUGAAUGAGAUCUAUAACUGGUUCACCAGGAUGUUCGCCUAUUUCCGGAGAAACACUGCCACCUGGAAGAACGCCGUGCGGCACAACCUCAGCCUGCACAAGUGCUUCGUGCGUGUGGAGAACGUCAAGGGCGCCGUGUGGACCGUGGACGAGCGCGAGUAUCAGAAGCGGAGGCCGCCAAAGAUGACAGGAAGCCCCACCCUGGUGAAGAACAUGAUCUCGGGCCUCAGUUAUGGAGCACUUAAUGCCAGCUACCAGGCCGCCCUGGCCGAGAGCAGCUUCCCCCUCCUCAACAGCCCUGGCAUGCUGAACCCUGGCUCUGCCAGCAGCCUCCUGCCCCUCAGCCAUGACGAUGUGGGCGCAUCCGUGGAGCCGCUGCCCAGCAAUGGUAGCAGCAGCCCCCCUCGCCUCUCCCCUCCCCAGUACAGUCACCAGGUGCAGGUCAAAGAGGAGCCUGCAGAGGCAGAGGAAGACCGGCGGCCAGGCCCUCCCCUGGGCCCCUCCAACCCCAGCACUGCGGGGCCUCCAGAAGACCGGGACCUGGAGGAGGAGCUGCCGGGGGAGGAACUGUCCUAAGGGCCUUGAGGGGCUGGCGGCAGGGGUGAGACCCCUCCCUCCGGAACCCAGGCCCCACCUACCCCACUCCUCAGCCCCGCCCAAACCUCAAGGCACUUCCAGGACUCAGAUGGGGGUAGGGGGGGCUGGAAAUAGCAACUCCCAACACGACCUGACUGACAGACGCUCGGAGGCAGGGACGGUCCUGCCCCCGAGGGGACACAGAACCCCUGGUCUGGGACCGGCGGAGGAAUCGGAGGGCCCAGACUCUUCCUUAGACCCUCCCCUACAUCUGAAUACCGCCUUCCCCAACCACCAGCAGCAACGGGGCCCUCCUCCCCCACCAGCUCUCCCUACAGGGCCCCUCAGCGCCAUGGAGACCCGCAGGCGGGGCAAAGCCACCCCUCUCAAACCCAGGGCCCCUCGCACCUGGCUCUGGCAGUGUUUUCCGGCCUGAGCCUUCCCCCCCCCCCACCCACCCCGACUUGGCCUAAUUUGUGCUCCCUUCCACCUUCUUUUCCGUACUGUGAAGAAAUCCCCCCAGCCCCCAACUCUGACCCCCUGCCCCUGCCCCGGCCUGGGCUGGGCGGGCAAGCUGCCGUUCCAGACCUUACCCAGAAGAAACCCGCCCCCUCAGCGGUGCCCACUGAGAGCCACGACUGGGGUGGGACAAGUUGCGUGCCCUGUGGGGGUCUGGGGGAGCUAGGCCGCCCGGCUGCAGGGCAGAACCGGGCUGAACUGGGCCUGGGCCCCCAUUCACGGGGUGCUCCCCCGCUGCCCCCACACCAGGGAGCAGAGGAAGGGGCCCAGCGCCGGCCUCCUCACCGAGGUCUGUGCCCGGUGGCCUACGAAGUGGGAGCCGCACUGCCCUUGAGGCGGAAGCUGCCAGCGCCACCAGGAAGCAUUCUGCCUCUGUCACCGGAAAGGCCGGGCGACACCAGGCUUGAGGGGCAGGUGGCCGCUGUGACUAAGCAGGUCACCCCCAGCCUGCAGGUCCCCCACUGCAGUCCUCCCUCACCCUCUCUCAGCCCCCCACCCCCAGUUAAACCGAUGACCAAAGACCUUUCUUAUGCCGGAAGCAAAAACCAAAACUUUUUGUUGGCUUUUUCCUUUGUCGCCUCCCCACCCCCACCCUCCUUGCUCCCCCGCCCUGGCCCCAGGCUGGAAGCCCUCCCUCCACUUAAGUUAUUGUUUUAAACCAAAGUUUACAGUGUCUGUUGGUGGCCCAGACCCUCUGCGCCCUUCGUCCCCCCACCCCGAGGACCCUGGGACUCAGCAGAGGCUGGGGGCCUUGCUCACCCCCACUCUGCUCUUGGCCAGCCAGGAGGAAAGAACAGGGCAGAGGGAAGGAGGCGCGCUGCCCCCAAUGGCCCGAGGGGUUCUCCUCCUCUUGGGCAGCGGGCCUUUCGCCCCGGUCCCAACCCCGGGCUGCGAUUCCUGGGGGGCUCUGCAGACCCUAGCUAGGACCAAGUCCCCCCAUCACACUGGGAGUGUGGAUUCCAGCAAAGGAGCUGGAAAAGAAGUGAGACUCCACAGACCCCCUAUGGGGGACCCCAACUUAGGCCACGGACUGGGUGUGUUGGAUGCUCGUGAUAUCCCAGGCCAGGCCCCUUUGCUGAGAAGACUCCUUGGACUAUUUCCCAAGAACCCCCCGACAUACACCCCUUCACAAGCCACCCCUCCUGAGAGGCAGGGGGCCCUCCGCCCCCUCCCCUAUGUACUCCCCACCUGUGUUCUGUUUGACCAGCACAGAAAUAUUAAACGUCCUCUAUUCACCGGG